AUGGAUUCUUCAACAAAUUUAAACCCUCUCCGCGAAAAUCUCCCGGAGGAAGAUGGAGGAGAACCAAUAGAAGAAGCUCCGGCGUCUGUCUUCGCCGCUCGUCCUCUUCGUCCUCCUUCUACGAGUUCGUCGGAAAAGUAUUCGCCUGUAGAAUGGACAAACUAUUUUGAUAAAGAAGACGAUAUAUCCAUUCCUGGCUCAAACGAUGUCUUUCACGUAUAUAUGGCAGGAACUGAAGGACCUGUUGUGUUUUGUCUCCAUGGAGGUGGCUACUCUGGGCUCUCGUUUUCUAUAGUGGCGAGUAAAAUCAAGGAGAAAGCACGUGUGGUUGCGAUGGACUUGAGAGGACACGGGAAAUCGGUUUCAGAGAAUGAACUGGACUUAUCGCUCGAGACAAUGAGCAAUGAUGUUUUGGCUGUGACAAAGGAAUUGUACGGAGACUCUCCUCCAGCUAUUGUGCUAGUUGGUCACAGUGCCCCAACGAAUAUCUUCACACCUGGUACUGCUAUUGCCUCGUUGAUUCACAUGCAGAAAAUUCUUUCAAACAGAAUGCAACAUUUUCCCAGCAUCCAAAAAGCAAUUGAAUACAGCGUUAGAGGAGGAUCAUUAAGGAACAUUGAUUCUGCUCGUGUCUCAAUCCCCACAACUCUCAUAUAUGAUGAUUCAAAGCAGUGCUAUGUUUACCGAACGCGUCUAGAGGAAACAGAGCAAUAUUGGAAAGGCUGGUACGAAGGUCUCUCAGAGAAGUUCUUGUCAUCUCCUGUUCCAAAACUCUUGCUAUUAGCCGGAACUGACAGGUUGGACAGGACCCUAACAAUUGGUCAAAUGCAAGGCAAGUUUCAGAUGAUCGUGGUCAAACACACUGGACAUGCCAUACAGGAAGAUGUACCAGAGGAGUUUGCAAAUCUAGUUCUGAAUUUCAUAUCGCGUAACAGAAUUGGACCUCAUGGUGUUGAGAUACCAGGAAUGUGGAAAGCUUCACAGCCGAAGGCUUGA